AUGGGUUUCGCUGUACGUAAGUUACCGUUAUGUCUGAGCCGAUGCUUCCACAAAGCGCGAGUACAACCAAUUUCUUCCAUUCUCACAGAAUUCAUAGGGUUAUUUGGAAUGUCAGCCGAAAGAGCUUCCGUUCUUCAGCUUGUGGCCGGCUUUUUUGGUUUUCUGAAUGCUCUCGUGGCGGCGUUGCAAAAUGCUGAAAAGUCGUCUCGACUGGAGCUUUACAUCAACACGCACUGGAUAACUACUAUUGUUUUGUUUGCAGGUCUUUCUAGACUUUUAAUGAUAAGAUCGUGGAUCGCGGAAGUGUUCUCAUUGAUGUUGCAAAUGCUGUGCCUAUGUAUCACGGUGAACGCUGUGGUGGCUGACUUAUGGAAUCUACGAGUUCUCUCGACACUCAACUUGACGGAUACAGCUUCUACGAUUACACCGAUCACGAUCUCCUACGUGAAGAUGUACAAUGGCAUCGAUUCCUUGCUUUCCGCGAUUGCCUUCAUUCUAGCAGCAUACAUCAUAUUUCUGCACUUCAACUCGUCCGCGAACACCAUGUGCCAGCUACCAUCCGUAAAACUUCUUGGCAUGGGAACUGCUCUUGUAGUUCUCGGUGUAAUUCGCUUCAUUUGCUAUUUCUGCGAAUUUUUCAUGCUCACUGGACAGGACAGAUUAAGAGCUCUGUUUGCCAAUUACACUCUGGACGAACCUGCAUGGAUCUUCACACAGCUAACUCUAGGGAUUCUUUGCGUUCUUUCUGCGAGAGGUAGCAAACUCAUGAGAGCUCUAGCAUUGUCGAUGGCAGCUACGACUCUCAUGCCAUCUAUUUUUUACCUAUGGCUGGAUUACAGGUGGCUAGCAUCAUCCCGACUAUCCUUUGGCGUAUCCUCCACAAUCUCCUUAUGGCAAUCAGCAGGAGUUGUGAUCUCUUUGUGUAAUGUUGGUGUGGUCACUGCAACGUUGCUGCAACUUGUUUCGAUGCAUUCAACUUGGAGAACGGUAACAAUGGAUGAGAAAGCCAGAGGCUUCCUUGUUGUGAUUGCCACAUUGUUCUUGAUACUCUCGUGUAGUACAAUAUCACUGGAUGUGUACACUAUUUGGAAACGACUGUUCUAUAGGCUAUUCCAUGGAGCUGAACAAAAAACUCCAUUUCUCACUGCUAUAACAGCUACGUUUGCGAUAGCGGCUUCGAUGUCGAAAUUUGCUCCAAUUGCUCUUCCCGCCUGCGUUUGCCUCUCACUUUACUCUCUGAACUCCACAGUAUUUCAACUGAUCUCAUAUCUCUAUUUGUCCUCGAAUGGAUAUUUCGGCGAUCAACUGUGCGAACUCUUCUUCCCAGGAGCUGCACGAUGUUUUGUUUCUGCAACAAAAGGAGAGGCAGUAAUCCACUUCAUCCAGGUAGUGUUGGACUUCUUCGUGCUAAUACUUUCUAGUGUCUUGUGUAUCGCUGCGAUGCGAAUUUCUAUUAUGGUUAGGUCGCCGGAAAGCACCGGAAAUCGAAAACUAGAAACUACAAUUAGGUAUCUCGGUGUUCUCAUGGCAUUAUGCGGUUUGGCGGUUCUCGUGCAGGCCGUAGCAUUUUUCCGCACCUCCGCCGACUUACAUCCGAUGGUGGUCGUUUACAUGGCCCUCUAUCAUAUGGCUUUAGCUAUUGGUCUCAUCGUGUUUCCCUUAUAUCAAAUUCUGUGCUCAGAAAAGCUAGCAUACCAUCCGAUGUCACAAACGACAUUGCUGAUAAUGUCCGUUGUGCGAUUUGUAGAAAUCAUCACUCAGCUCGACUACCGAGGAACUGGAGAUGAUCUCUCGGUCGCCUGGAAAGUCCACCAAACAGCCGAUUUCAUUGCCCUUGCGAGUCAUUUUACAACUGCAAUGCUAGUAAUCCGACUAAUGGGAAAUUCAAUACUGGAAGCAGACGCAGAUGAGCUGAGAUUCAACAAUCCACUCACUUUGGAAGAGAACGGCGACUACUUGCAACUUAGGCACCAAGAAGAGUCGUAG